AUGGGAAAGCUCAUUCGUCUUGAGCUCUUCAACUUCAAAUCCUACAAGGGCCAUCAUGUCCUGCUUUUCGGCGACUCCUACUUUACAUCCAUCAUCGGACCCAAUGGAUCUGGAAAAUCCAAUUCCAUGGACGCGAUCUCCUUCGUCUUGGGUAUUAAAUCAUCGCACCUGCGAUCGGCUCAUCUAAAGGACCUUGUCUACCGCGGCCGCGUUCUCAAGACUUCCAAAAUCAACGAUGACGGCUCCGCAGAGGCUAAUGGGCAGACGAAUGGCUACGCCAACGGCGACGAAGACGACGUGUCGCACAAAGCCUCCCGAACCGACCCAAAGACAGCCUGGGUAAUGGCCGUCUACGAGGAUGACGCCGGCGACGAGCAAAAGUGGAAGCGCUCCAUCACGAACCAGGGUUCCAGCGAGUACCGCAUCAACGACCGUGUCGUCACCGCCCAGCAGUAUAACGAGGCCCUCGAGACUGAGAACAUUCUCAUCAAAGCCAGAAACUUCCUUGUCUUCCAGGGUGACGUGGAGGCCAUCGCCGCUCAAUCCCCUCAAGACCUGACAAGGAUGAUUGAGCAGAUCUCUGGGAGCUUGGAGUACAAGGCCGAGUACGAAAGAUUACAGACGGAAGCCGAGCAAGCCGCGGAAAACCAGAGCUUCCAGCUCCACAGACGGCGUGGUAUCAAUUCCGAGAUCAAACAGUAUCAGGAGCAGAAGAAGGAGGCCGACAACUUUCAGAAGAAGACUGAAGAGAGAGACGAGGCCAUCGUGAAACACGCCUUGUGGAAGCUCUACCACUUCCAGCGGGGCAUGGAUGAGUCUUCCGAGAAGAUUCACGAGCACCAGCAGAACCUACAAGAGUUCCAGCGUAACGUUGAGUCAUUCAGACGAAAGCUCGAAGCCGCUCAGAAGGAGCAGCACGCGGCGUCCAAAGAAGCUCAGGGUGUGGAGAAGGCCAUCAAUGCGAAGAAGCGCGAGUUUGACGAGUUGGAGCACAAGUUGAUUCCCAUUGAUGCAAAGAUCGAAGAGAGGACCCGCAACAUCGAGCAGACCCGCUCGCGUAUAGAACCAGUUCGUAAGGACCGCGACAAGCAAGCUGGGCUCAUCAAGGAAGAUGAAAACAGACUCAAGACGCUCGAAAAGGCCCAACAGCACUUCGAAAAGCAGCAUAAGGAGCUCAUGAAGAAGACCGGCAAGGAGCUGAGCGAUGCUGACCGCAAAGAAUACAACAACCUGCGAACUCAGGUCAUAUCAAAAACUGCUGCCAACCAAGCGAAGCUCGACAAUCUGAUUCGGCAACAAAAAACGGAUGAGGUCACAGUCAACACCCUUAAGGGCAAGGUCGACACCAUCUCUGCCGCUCUGGAAAAGUACGAAGGAGAGCUGGAGACCAUCGGCGAACGCAAGUCGGCAACAGAGGCCAACAUCAAAGCCCUGUCCCAAGAAAUCGACACGAAGAAGAAGCAGUAUCACCAGAUGCAGUCUGAACGUAUAAGAACGAGUCAGAGACGCACCGAACUGGAGGAGAAGCUUGAGCAAGUCGCCAAGCAGCUUCGAGAGGCCGAUGAUGGCCGACGACAGAAUGACCGCGAAGCUAGGAUGAGGGAAAUGGUCAACAACCUGAAGCGACUGUAUCCCGGUGUUAAGGGCAGGGUUGGUGACUUGUGCAAGCCUAAACAGAAGAAGUACGACGAGGCUGUUAGCACCGCGCUUGGUCGGGACUACGAAUCGGUCAUCGUGGACACAGAGAGGACCGGUCACGACUGUGUCCAGUAUCUCAAGGACCAGCGCUUCCCGCCUAUGACUUUCAUCCCUCUUGACAACAUCAAGGUCAACGCGGUCAAUUCGGCCAUCAAAGGCAUAUCCGGAGCGCGCCUAACCAUCGACACGAUUGAUUUUGAGCCUGCGUAUGAGCGUGCCAUGGCCUAUGCAUGUGGCAGCUCUGUGGUUUGCGACAGCGAAAAGAUCGCCAAGCUCAUUUCGUAUGAGAAGCGCAUCCCCGUCAAGACCGUCACUCUGGACGGCCUGGUCAUUCACAAGACGGGCAUGAUGACUGGUGGUCGUGGCCCGGAGCAAAAGGGCGGGAAGUGUCGCUUCGAAAGCACUGACCUUGAACCCCUCAAGAAAAUGGCGGCCAAGUACAAGGAAGAGAUCGAAAAGCUCCCAAAGUCUGGGCGACGUAGCCCUGCUGAGGAGUCUCUUCAGAUUGAAAUUCACGGCCUUGAGCCACGCCUGGCGGCCGCCAAGGCCGAACUUGCCCACCUGGAGAAGAACUACAACAGCAAGAAGAGAGAAGUAGAUCACGAGAGUAGACAGCUUGACGAGCUGGAACCCAAAUACGAGGAGAAGAGAGCCGAGCUCGAGGCAACCAAGCGUACUGUCAAGGAAUUCUCCGACGCCAUCGCCAAAGUGGAAGACGAAGUCUUUUCUGGUUUCUGCAAGAGACUUGGCUUCGGCGACAUCCGAGCCUAUGAAUCGGAGCACAGAGAUCUGCAACGAGAAGCUGAUGAGGAACGAACCAAGUUUGAAGUACAAAAGUCCAAGUACCAGAGUCAACUCAGCUGGACGCGCGACAUGUAUAACAACCUGGACGCAAGGCUGAAGAAACUGCAAGAGGGGUUGAAGGCAUCGGAACGAGACCUCCAGACCUAUCAGCAGGAAAAGUCAGAUAUCGAGGAUGCUAGCCACGAGGUAUCUGAUGAGCUCGACGCGCUGCGGGAGACCCUCGAGGAGAAGCGCGCUACGCUAGAGGUGAAGAGCCAGAAGGUCUCACAGGCCAAGGCCGAGGUUCAGAAGCGAAGCAAGGAGAUCGACGCCAGACAAAAGGAAAUCAAUGCUCUGGAAACGGUAGUCCAGAAGAACAGUGCCGGCAAGUUUGCGUUGCUUAGGCGUUGCAAGCUCGAGCAGAUGCAGAUUCCUUUACAAGAGGGCUCGCUCGACAAUCUGCCAAACGAAGAUAACCUGCUACGGCAAGACGCCGAUGCUAUGGACGUGGACGAGGAGGAUGACGAGGAAAUGAUGACCGCCGCCCUCGAGAAUCACGGCAUCGAGGUCGACUAUGACAGUCUGGACGAAGAAUUGAAGAAUUCGGAUGAUCCUAGCGUCGAGGAGCGAUUGCAAGACAAGAUUGCGUCAAUCACUUCGGAGCUCGAGAAGCUCAACCCCAACAUGAGAGCCAUUGAGAGGUUAGAGAGCGUCGAGACGAGACUGAAGAAUACCGAAAAGGAGUUUGAGGAUUCCAGAGCGGCACUUAAGGCAGCCCGCGAUGCGUUCAACCAUGUCAAAGCCCAGCGGUACGAACUCUUCAACAAGGCCUUUUCACACAUCCAGGAGCAGAUCUCGCACGUCUACAAGGACCUUACACGGUCAGAAGCCUAUCCCUUGGGAGGGCAAGCUUACCUGGAUAUUGAAGAAGACACAGACACGCCGUACCUGUCUGGUAUCAAGUAUCAUGCCAUGCCGCCCCUCAAGCGAUUCAGAGACAUGGAGCACCUUUCUGGAGGCGAGAAAACGAUGGCCGCCUUGGCUCUCCUGUUCGCGAUUCACAGUUACCAGCCAAGUCCUUUCUUCGUGCUCGAUGAAGUAGACGCCGCACUUGACAACGCCAACGUGGACAAGAUCAAGAAGUACAUCCGUGAACAUGCUGGGCCAGGCAUGCAAUUCAUCGUUAUCAGUCUCAAAACCGGAUUGUUCCAGGACAGCGAGAGCUUGGUCGGUGUUUACCGAGAUCAAGAAGUCAACAGCUCAAGGACGCUCACCUUAGAUCUCCGAAAAUAUGCUUAG